AAAGUAGAUUUGUUUUUCUCGGCAGAGUUAGGAAUAUUCUGUUCACAUCUACAGGCUCAAAGUCACUCCUCAUUCUUCAUCGUUUUGUUCCAUCCUGUACUUCCAGACGUUGGUUCAUGUGUCUUGGUUUUUGUGGGAGGAGAGGUGAGAACAAAAAAAAAAGGAGGUGAAAGAGUGUGUGAGCCACUGUCGUAGCAUGUUUCCACCCGUGAAGAAGGACCGGAUUAUUACUCAGCUCCCUAAGUGUUUUAGUCCAGAUGCAGCGCUGCACACCAAAGACAGUUUCCACCCGCAGGUGAAGGCUGUUUGUCGCGUGCAGAAGUCAGACACAGUGAGCUUUAAUAUCGCCAAAGUCAUCGUCGUGGGAGAUGUUUCCGUUGGAAAAACAUGUCUCAUCAGCAGUUUCUGUAAAGGUGAAAUUGAUAAGAACUACAAAGCGACCAUAGGUGUGGAUUUUGAGAUGGAGCGUUUUGAAGUGCUUGGCGUUCCCUUCAGUUUACAGUUGUGGGACACAGCAGGUCAGGAGCGCUUCAAGUGCAUCGCGUCCACCUAUUACAGAGGAGCACAAGCCAUCAUAGUGGUGUUUGACUUGAGCAGUGUGAGCUCACUGGUACACGCCAGGCAGUGGCUAGAGGACGCUAUGAAGGACAACGACCCGUCCAGUGUUUUACUCUUCCUCGUUGGUACUAAGAAGGACCUGAGUAAUCCAGAACAGUUGGCGAAGGUCGAGCAGGAGGCGAUCAGACUCUCUGAGGAAAUCAAAGCAGAAUACUGGGCCGUGUCUGCAAAGUCAGGAGACGGCAUCAGAGAUUUCUUCUUACGCGUGGCCUCUCUGACGUUUGAGGCCAGCGUUUUGUCCGAGCUCGAGAAGAACGGGUCGAGGAACGCUGGCGACAUCAUCAGACUCACAGAGACCAACCACACGCCAGCCAAGAGGAAACCCAACUGCUGCUGAGGAGAGAGAGAGCGUGACAAACACCUGGACGUGCAGUGGAUCUCACAGCAACGUGAAACUGAACGUAUGGAUUCACCAUCGUGACUAGAGCCCGUUAAACAGCUAAAAAGUGAUGCUUUAAUAUGUCUGCAGACGGCCUGAGAGGAAAUGACGGAUGAUCCACGCUGUGGGUUUGACAUCACGGCUGUAAAGUGAACAGUGUCCACAGUGUCUUCUCAGGAAUGUGUGCACUGCUGGUUUGUACAGAACUACAACAAAUAAAGCGUUGUGAUGUGCUAUCGUUGCAAAAAAACCAA